AUGCAAAGACUACAGCACGUUCAGUGCUACGACGCUAAUACUCCUCUAGAGAAUGUUCGAAAGUGUAUUCGGAAUGGGCAUAGUGUGAUGGUGCUGAUGCGAGGAGUACCUGGCAGUGGAAAGUCCCACCUAGCAAGAAGUCUGUCUGCAGAUUAUGGAGGAGUUGUUUAUAGUACGGAUGAUUUCUUCCUUCAGAACGGUCUUUAUCAAUUUCAACCGGAGAAAUUGGAGGAGUAUCAUCGGAAUAAUAUCUUGAGAGUUCAUGAGGCUAUGAUAAAUGGCAUCAAAACAAUAGUCGUGGACAACACCAAUAUUUUCAUCAAUCACAUGAAACAGUACGCUUUUCAUGCAGUUAGAUACUGCUAUGAAAUUUUUGUCGUGGAACCAGAGACCUCGUGGAAAUACACAGUUAAAGAACGCAACAUACAUGGGAUAGAAAUACGGAAAAUUGACUCAAUGAUGCACUCGUUACUUGAUCAAGGACAACCGUCUUUAUCUUGUUUGGUAGGUGGAGACCGUGAAAUUAGGUUGGAACCACCAUCACUUGAAUUUUCGGAAAAAGAGCACGACACGGAACUUCACUGUUUGAAGCUAAGAAGUCUUGUGCUAGAGGUCUCUAUUGCCGAUCCUCCUCCUGAGCUUCCUUAUCCGAAUGCUGUGGUUGACCACUCGUCAUUUCUGCUGCCUGCGGUUGUGCCGACUCCUGCUGCCUUUUCCUUAGCUGUCGAUCGUCGUUCACAUGUUAGCAUACUAGAAGUUCGAGAAGUAGCGACUCAAACUAAUGAAGUCGUCGUAACAUUAGUCUGUGCUGGCGUCUAUUGUCCGUUUGAUGACGUUUCAGAAGGUGUUCCACAUAGCGUGGAAAUAUCAAAAGAGUUGAAGUCACAAAUGAAGGACCGUGUAGUCAGAAUGGAGGAACUUCAAUGUCUAUGCCCUGCACUGGUCAACAGAAAAGGACUAAUCUUUCUGAACGAUGACGAGCGGCUACAUGUCGUACCACUGACACUGGAGAAGUUGAACGAGUUUGCCUACGGAACCUUGACACGUCCGAUGCUGGGUUUGGAAGAAUGCAUCAGGUUAUUCGUCGAAUUGGGAGCUUGUGUGGACUGGAUGGCACAGGUUACGGAGAAACAGUUCGUAGAAGAGCUUGUAGCAUCUGAACUCAGUGGUACUCUACUUCACGCUCCAGUGCCCAGGACUGACUGGCAAAGAAUAGCAGAACAGGAGAGUUUGAAAGAUGGACUGCGUGAAAACACGGUUGAGAGAAAGGCAGAGCAAGGACCUAUGUUGGUUUCAUGGGCCCUGUUGUUUUUCUCACGUGAGGCGCUCGACUGUGUAGUUGCGGAAUAUGUAGCUGAGCCAGUUUAUGAGGCUGGUCCUUCACGAAGUGUGGAUUGUUCGGGAAAUGAGGUAGCAGUAACACUUGGCGUUGAUUUGCUGCAGAAGAUCAGCUUACUGUUUGGUGAAGGAAUCAUUGUUAAAAAAGAGUGUAGUGUACGUUUGCCACUUUGGCUUCUGAAGCAGCUGUAUCUCUUUUGGCAAAACAGUGGAACUUCAUUUCCAAGCAAUAGAGAAGACGUGAACGAUGCAGAAAUAGCUGCAGCUCUUCAAGAGGAAGAGGAUGCGGUUGCUUCGGCCAGUUUUAAAGUUGUACCCGCACAGAAAUCCAGUUUUAAGCGUCACUUUGAAGCAAACCUUCCUGAUGCCCAAGAACAAGCUCGUCAAUAUCAGAAACAAGCUGAUGAGUUUGCUGAGAAGAAAUCUACAGAAUUGCGAAAAGCACGAGAACAUUCUCUUCGUGAAAAGAAUCUUCGUAAGCAGGCCGGUGAUAUUAUCAUAAAAGCAAAUGAAGAUUCUACCGUACUUGAUCUUCAUCUUCUUAGCCAAAAGGACGCUAUUAUGUUGCUAAAGGAACGUCUUUCCGCUCUUGAUCGCCCCCUUUCCAUGAGGCAUGGUCGGUCUAGUCAGCGUCUCCAUGUCAUUACGGGUUACGGUAGAAGUACUGGUGGAAGGUCUGUGAUAAAGCCAGCAGUCGAAUUCUAUCUGAAAAGGAAAGGAUAUUUGUAA